UUUCAAGUCAUCACAAAGUCUUGCCCCUGAUCAGUCCUCGACAACGCUACCUCUUCGUGUUCUACAGCGAUCAGCAUAGCUUCUUCUUCUCGUACAGACCUUCCAGACCUUCUCACGCUUCACAAACCGAUCUAUUCAAGUCCAGAAACCACAAUGGCACCAAAGAAGUCCACCAGAAAGGCCUCAAAGUCCUCAAAGACCUCCAAAACCUCCUCCGCCGGCACCACCAAGCCUGCCAGCACUCCCUCCGGUCCCUGGUCAGCUGCUCGCGUCCUGAACGGUUCUUCUCUUGUUGUCGCGAAAAACAUACACGCCUUCCUCGUCGCUGCAAUCUCUGGCUGGUCUACGGACUAUACUGAAGCCGAGAAACGUGCAAUCAUCGAUUCUCUUCCACCACGUCUUCGCCAAUACAAUGAGGACAUCUACGGCGCCUUGGUCUGUCCCCUGACUGCAGACAUGGUCCAGAAUGACGCCAACAUCAAGGCAGCAGUCCCCAAGUUCAAGCAGAAUGUGGCAGAGGGUUUCUACGAGCAGGGAUGGCAGAAUAGGGCCAGGAGGGCCAUGGAGGAGCGCCAGGAUGGGCGGUUUGAGGAGUAUUUGGAGGAGUUGGUAGAGGCAGCUUUUGGCGAGGCUGAGGUUGCCGGUGAGGCCGAGGAGGGCGACAGCGAGGAUGGAGAGUGGGAGGCCUGAUCGGGCGGGAGUGAACCAAGAGCACAAUAGCAGAUAAUUCGAGCAUCAUGAGCGAAAGGCUCCCAAACGUCAAUAAGAUGACUUUCCACCUCUGUCCAGGGUGUACUUCCUAAUUUCAAUGACUU